CCGGUAAAUUUCCAACUCCAGUUAAUCAUAAUGAUGAUUUGAAUGCCAAAGCUGAGGAAUUACGUUCAACAAUCAAAUUCCAGCUUAAAAAAGUACUCUGCCUUGGUGUAGCAGUUGGUCAUGUUAAUAUGAGCGAAGAUGAAUUGCUUGCUAACAUUAUGAUGAGCAUUAACUUUUUGGUCUCUUUACUCAAGAAGCAUUGGCAAAAUAUUAAAAGCUUGUACAUUAAAUCAUCAAUGGGAAUGGAAAGUCUAGCUGAACGAGAUUGGGUGACGCGAUCG